AUGCUUUAUGACUAUAUGGAAAGAAUUGUAAAAGAGAAAGGAUGUAAACUUUUAUACACUGACACGGAUAGCUGCUUUUAUUUGCAUCGGCGUGGACAAAUGCCUCCCUUUCGUGUAGGUGAGAUGCUUGGUAUGAUGGAUCGCGAGUAUGGAGAAUGGAAUAUCAUUGCAUUUUAUACUGGAGGAUGCAAGCAGGUAUACAAAUAUUUUUUAACAAUCGUAUAUUUUCCAGUAUGCCAUGAAAAUGAAGCACAAAAAUAG